AUGGGGUUUGACUUCACAUUACUAUUCGAGCAAAGCAUCCUUUCCCUUCUUCCAUCCGCCAUUCUGAUCUUGCUGUUUCCGUGGCGGCUCUCUCACCUACUACGGCAAGAUGUCAAAGCAGCACAGAAUAAUCGACUCUACACGAGACUGAUCGUAUUUGCGGCUUUCGCUACCCUGCAGUUAGCCCUGUUAGUCAAAUGGGCGUCUCCAUCCGUGCCGUCUGACCGCAUGUCCGUCCCAGCUGCUUCCCUCAGGGUCGUUGAUGCCUUGGUCAUGUUUACCUUAUCGGCUGUCGAAUAUCGACGCUCUAUCCGGCCCUCCACGAUUCUAAAUAUCUUCUUGUUAUUUAGUCUCCUUUUUGAUGCCGUCCAGGUGCGGACCCUUUGGCUGAUGCAUGACCAAAUUUCUCUGUCUGCUAUUGCAAGCGCUAGCCUAGCUACGAAAGUGAUAUUGUUGAUUCUGGAGGCUCAGAAUAAACGUAAUGUCCUACGAGACCCGUACAGCAGUCUCUCUCCAGAAUCUGUAGCUGGCAUAUUUACCCGGAGCUGUUUCUGGUGGCUCAAUUCGCUUUUGUGGCGAGGCUUUCGCGCAUUGCUCUCGCCAUCGGAUAUAUUCCAAGUUGACUCUGACCUAUCUUCCAUGUUCCUGAAGAGAAGGUUUCUCUUUUACUGGAAUUCGUCGGUGUCAAGCACCAAGUUCAAGUUGCUUCUUUCGGUGGCUCGCUCCCUCAAGCGACCAAUAUUCGCCGCUGCUAUGCUGCGAAUCUUCCAGAGUGCGUUUGCAUGGUGUCAACCAUUCCUGACAUUCAGAGUGAUCGACUACAUUGGGGAUCGUGAUAAGGAGGACAAACGCUACGGCUAUGGACUAAUAGCAGCAACUGCCCUAGUUUACUUGGGGCUUGCUGUCACUAGCGCCAUGUACAAGCACCAGACAUUCCGAAUGAUUACUAUGAUUCGUGGGGGUCUCAUCUCACUUCUCUACGACAAGACACUGAAGCUAGAUAUGGAAAGGCUUACGGAUUCAGCAGCCAUGACGCUCAUGACUACGGAUAUAGAUAGCAUUGCCACCAAUUGGAUAAACAUCCAUGAAAUCUGGGCGUCUCCUAUUGAUGUUGGUAUUGGGGUCUAUCUACUACAGCAAAAGCUAGGAAUUGCAUGCAUCGCCCCAGUUGCUCUUGCUGUUCUUUCCAUGCUAGGAAGCACUCAAAUUGCAAAAGUGAUGAGAGGACGGCAGCAACGUUGGUUGGAAGCGGUACGAAAGCGCGUCGGCUUGACAUCCUCGCUUCUAACAAGCAUCAAAGGCCUAAAGAUGAUGUCCAUGACCGCCAGAAUAGGCGGCAAAAUCCAAGAUCUACGGUCAGCUGAAAUCAGAAAGGCAAAGUCCUACCUGAGAAUCGAAUGCCUCAUGAACAUUUGCGCAAAUGUGUCAACGCUCCUAUCCCCAGUUACGACGCUCCUUCUCUUUGCAUUUUCGACAGCAAGCCACCCUUCUGAUCAACUUACAAGCUCUUUGGUUUAUUACACUCUCACAAUCAUUGCCUUGAUGUCAUCACCCUUAGCGCAGGCAUGA